AUCCUAUCCUUUUUGUUCUUCUUCCAAGUCUAGCUACGUCCCAUGUAAGUCUAUAUAUAAUUUUAUUCAUGCUAAAUGGUGAAUUUUGGAUCAUCUGCUUGUACUUGUGUUUUUGGGAUGAAAUCGUUUUUAUGUAUAAAACUAUGUUUCAACUUCCACAAACUAUUCCACUAUUUUUUUAUUUUUUUUGGCUGAAGAGAACUUUCGUAGAAACAGAGAACCAAAGAGAACAAACAGAGGCUUCCCAGAACAAGGAAGCAAGGAGAAAACAGAAGGAAAGAAACUAAAGCAGUUGUUUUUAAAAACUGAACAGAGGCCUUAAUGGGGACAAGCAAGGCCAUCAUACAGAAGAACAUUUGAGAGAGAGGAAGACGGAUGUGACACCCAGUUCACAGGGCACUUCCCACUGAUAACAAGACCAGCAACAAGGGUUGGAUUUCAAACUCCAUGAGGUUGCUAAAACUAGUCUUCAACAUGCGCACCACCUAGUUGCUUGUAUGUCUGACAAUAACCAAGAGAGAAGUGUUCAAGAAGUGAGCCUUGUUGCUCAAGAUGCAGUGAAGGAAUUCAGAAACCUACUUUCCCUACUUGAUGGAUCAAUGUCAUCAAAUCACAAGAGAAUCAGAAAGGGUCCUUUGCCGAAAUCCGGUGACAUAAACCAGGAUGAAAUGAUGGACAUUAGUCCUAAUUGUUCUUCAUCUCAUAUCAAAACACACGACCGUGAUCAUCAGCCUUGCUUGGUUACACAUUUUUUUAGCUCCCUUCAGAGAGAUCAAGCAAUUGCUAACUAUGACCAAAGCAGUGUGGUCCUUCCUAGCAAUAUAGUCAUGGGGUUGAACCAAUUCUCACAAAAGCCUAGCAGGACUUCAGUGAUCAGCAUGGAUGGUAGUAGCAUCAACACGCAGAUAGUUCGACAUUCAAUGUCUGAACUAUUGACUUCUAGAGACGGCACCUCUAUGUUUUCUUCCAAAAGGAAGAGUUGUGGGGUUAAAAGUGAAGAAGCCGGUACGGUAUGCCUAGCCUCUACUGGUAAAUGUCAUUGCUCAAAGAGAAGGAAACUAAGAAUAAAGAGAAGAAUCCGAGUUCCGGCUGUAAGCAACAGGCUAGCAGAUAUACCUCCUGAUGACUAUUCUUGGAGGAAGUAUGGGCAGAAACCUAUUAAAGGAUCUCCAUAUCCUAGGAGCUACUACAAAUGCAGCAGUGUAAGGGGAUGUCCUGCAAGAAAACAUGUCGAAAGAUGUCUUGAGGAUUCUACCAUGUUGGUUGUUACUUAUGAAGGAGAUCAUCAACACGCAUAGAUUACAUUUCAAGCACCUGCAGUUGUGAUUUGAAUUCGACAGUGGAAAUGAGAAUGGCCUGAAAAAGCUAAUAUUCGGCUUGAACUGGGGUUAGUUUGUAACGAUUCUUUUCUGCUCAAUCUUGCAACCUAUUAGAACUGUAACUUGCAAGUGAUGCAAUACUAUCCUGGGUUCAGAUGAUGAA